GGCUUCCAGUAUUAAAACAUGUGCUGACACCAAGAAUAAAGGCAACACAUGUUGCUUUUGAUUCUAUGAAGAGCUAUUUAGAUGCAAUUUAUGAUGUUACCGUGGUUUAUGAAGGGAAAGAUGAUAACUGGCAACAGAAAGAAGCGCCGACCAUGAUUGACUUUCUCUGCAAAGAAUGUCCAAGAAUUCAUAUUCACAUUGAUCGCAUAGACAAAAAAGAUGUUCCAGAAGAACAAGUGUACAUGAAAAGAUGGCUUCAUGAACGUUUUGAGAUAAAAGAUAAGUUGCUUAUAGAAUUCUAUGAUUCACCAGAUCCAGAAAGAAGGUACAGAUUUCCUGGGAAAAGUGUUCAUUCCAAACUAAGUCUCAAGAAGACUCUACCCUCAGUAUUGGUCUUAGGUGGUUUGACUGUUGGGAUGCUUAUGACCGAGGCUGGAAGGAAGCUGUAUGUGAACACGUGGCUCUAUGGAACCCUCCUGGGAUGCCUGUGGGUGACUGUGAAAGCGUAAUCAGGUGCUGUCUCCAGUCAUCGGAACAUGCUGCACAUUACACCAGGUUGUUUCCUGAAUUAAGAAGUGUAAAUAAAGCCUUGUUGAUUGAACACUGGAUAAGACAGAAUUUGUAUCUAAAGCCGGUAUGCAAUUGAUCUUGAGCAAACAUUCAUGGUUUUUCAGCUUUAGUGCUAGCACUGCUGGGACAGUAAAAGCUGAGUGGAAUUUAUGCUAUUCUUUACAUUUCCUGUGAACUAAUGUCAGCUCGCGAAGAUGAUUAGGGUUGUAUAAUUUGCUAUUGUUUUGUCAUUCAGAUGGCUGUAUUUUUAACAUUAAUUUGCAGCAUAUUUUAUUACAUUCAUUUUUUUCCAUUUUUUACAACUUGAUGGCUCCAAGCUCUUCUCACUGAAGUAUUCAGUAUCUUGCAGCUCUGUAAUAUUGACUUUUUCUUGGUGUCUGCAAAUUAAUGAAAGAAAUGGUAUUUACAUAUCAAGAUGUUCAAAGGAAAGGGCAAGAAUGUUCAUGGGGGAAGGAAUGGUGUUAGUUCUGUUGCUGUUGUAUUGUGUGAUUUAGCUGAUUGACUUUAUGUUUGCAAAAUAAUGAUGACCACUUCUAAUACCAACUGAAACCUCUUAAUUUACAUACCUGCUACGCAAAAGAAUAAUGUACAAAAUGUCAAAAGGACGUUUAAGUUAAAAUUGUGACUCUGAUUCACUGUGGCAAGACUUUGGGUUGCCCUGCUUUUGAAGAUUGAAGCUACACUUUAGUACCUCCCAACAUGUGUGCCAUAAGUGCUUAAACACAUUAAGGCUUCCUGUUGUUUUUAUAUCAGAUAAUCAGUGUGAACCUUCCUGGGCCUGAUUGCACAGACAGAUCCUCAAGGUGACCUGAGCUGUGGACAUUGC